CUUGCGCAUCGGUUCGUGACACUGGACCUCAGUCCGUCAGAGCACGCCGAACCGAACGGACGUGAUGGCUCGCUCCACAAUUUGUUUAUUUAUUGUUAUCGCGCUAUGCGUCGUGGACCGAGGUGCAUCAUACAAAGUUCCACCAGCAAAAUUGGAAGCCAUCUAUCCUAAAGGCCUUAGGGUUUCUGUUCCAGACGAUGGAUUCUCGCUUUUCGCAUUUCACGGAAACCUCAACCAAGAAAUGGAAGGAUUAGAAGCUGGGCAAUGGGCUCGUGACAUCACUAAACCCAAGAAUGGAACCUGGUAUUUUAGAGAUAGAAAUGCUGAACUGAAACUUGGAGACAAGAUAUAUUUCUGGACUUAUGUCAUCAAGAAUGGGUUGGGUUAUCGGCAGGAUGAUGGAGAAUGGACUGUUACUGGAUUUGUAAACGAAGAUGGAACUCCAGUAGAUCCAUCGGUUGCUCCGACGUUACCAACAGAAGCGCCUCCUAACCAGCCAACUGCAGCUCCACCCCCUAAGCGUCCUACCGCCGCCCCCCCAGUACAAUGCCAGCCUUCUGCCACAACGGUAGCCGGCCGUGGAGCCAUCUGCCAGGGUGCUCUCAUUUUUGAUGAAGAGUUCAGCAACUCUGCGCUAAAAGACCUCAACAGCUGGAGUGCUGAGAUCAGGUUUCCUGAAGAACCGGACUACCCUUUCAACGUAUACAUACCAGACAACACAAUCAGUUUCGAGGAUGGUUCCCUAGUCAUCACACCAGUCCUGACAGAAUCUAUGCAUCAUGAGGGAUUUCUCGUCGAGUCUUUAGACCUUUCUAACAGGUGUACUGGUCAGUUGGGCACAACAGAAUGCAGACGGGAGGCGUCCGGUGCCCAAAUUCUACCACCAGUAACUACUGGCAAGAUCACCACACGCCACAGGUUCGGCUUUAAGUUUGGGAGGAUCGAAGUCAGAGCCAAACUGCCAGCGGGCAGCUGGCUAAUACCUGAAAUUAACUUGGAGCCUACAGAAAAUGUGUACGGAUCCCUCCGCUAUGAGUCAGGGCUGAUGCGUAUAGCCUUCGCUAGAGGGAACCCAAGUCUUGCUAAAAAGCUGUACGGCGGACCCAUCCUGUCUGACUCUGAUCCCUUCAGGUCCUUACUGAUGAAGGAAAAAAUUGGAAUUGACAACUGGAACAAGGAUUACCAUAAUUACACUAUGAUUUGGAGGCCAAAUGGUCUUCAGCUUUUCGUGGACGGUGAGCAGUAUGGAAACAUCGAUCCUGGCGAUGGUUUCUUUUCCACCGCUCGGCAGCAUGCAGUUCCUCAUGCCUCUAAUUGGCUGAGAGGAACUGUCAUGGCCCCUCUUGACGAAACGUUCUACAUAUCUCUGGGUCUUCGCGUGGGAGGUGUCCAUGAUUUCGCUGAUGACAUUCCUGAAAAGCCCUGGAGGAACCGAGGCAGUAAGGCGAUGUUGGACUUCUGGAAAAACAAGGCAACCUGGCACCCUUCUUGGUAUAAUACCAACUUGAAAGUGGACUAUGUAAAAGUUUUCGCCUUAUAGACAUUGUAUUUAAAAUUUUGAUCUGUGAUGUUUUUGAGAUUAAAAUGUAAUCAAUUUACUUAUAUGAAUAAGAAUGAAUAAUUAAAUGAUAAUUUUG